CCUUCAAUUGGUCCUGUGCUUAUGAAACGUAUAGCGCCACUCUGAUCAAUUCAUGUCUGGAGAUUAACUACACCGCUUCCCGCCGAUAUCUAGGGGCAAAUGCACGUUCCACAUUUCCACAGGGCAAGCAGAGAAAGCAUAGCGAACUAAAUUAUCAUUUUGAGGCCAUCCAAUCGUGCCGUCGGUCAAGCUAGUUAUUUGUGAAGCUUGAAAGUAAUUUGCCAUGCUGAUCAAAAUAACCACGACCUCACUACAUGAGUAGGUAUUCUUAAUCCUAUGAACGCCGUUACGCGACCAGUUCUAUACGCCCUGCACGUGGGUUUGGUGAACCGCUAGCUAUCCCCGCUAACAGCAAAAAGCAUUGCGUCACGUUUCUUGUAACCCAGGCACUGUACAUCCAAGUCUUUCACCGGCCAUGACGCUCACAGCUGUGGAAUAUAAGAGGAGCCCAGGACGCCGUUGCCAAUGCAUCACCGCAUACCUCAAGUGCUUCAAUCAUGGCUAUUGUUUCUGUCACGAGACUUCUGUUUGCGCUACUCUCCUUCCCCUUUGUCUCGAUUGCCCAGGUUCCUGAUGGCUUGCCUAUCGACGAUGCUACGAGGCAGUACCUCGAGUCUUUAUCCCCAGAGAAGCUGGCCGCAAUCCUGGAAAUCUAUCAAAAAGCUAUUGCCGGCCAGGUUCCCGCGUCGCCUGAAGUGAUUGAAGCCCAGGAGCUGUAUUGGAGCUAUGAUAGGAGUCCUCCUUAUUAUCCAACGCCGCAGGCCACAGGCUUAGAUGAUUGGGCCGAUGCAUAUGAGCAAGCAUCAGCAAUGGUAGACCAGAUGACUAUCGAGGAAAAAGUCGCCGUUGUCUCGGGACAGACGUCUAAAAAAAAUGGAUGCUCGGGUAUGAUACCGGGAGUUCCUCGCCUUGGAUUCCCAGGCAUCUGUGUCAACGACGGUCCCAACGGUCUUCGUGAAAUGGCUGCUGUUAGCGGUUAUCCAUCCGGCAUCACCAUCGGCGCUACAUGGAACAAAGAGCUCGCUCUUGAGCGUGGCCAAUUCAUGGGUCUUGAAUCAAAAGUCAAGGGUGUCAACAGUUUGCUCGGACCGACAGUAGGCCCCCUUGGCCGCACAGUCAUGGCUGGCAGAAAUUGGGAAGCCUUCUCUGUCGAUCCUUACCUUUGCGGCGUCAUGGGUUCUCAAACCGUUUUGGGGAUGCAGGAGCAUGUCAUCGCUACGGCCAAGCAUUUCAUCGUUAAUGAGCAGGAGACCAACCGCCAGCCAAGCUCUUUCGGGAUGGGGAACGCCUCGGUAUCGGCUACUGUGGAUGACAAGACAAUGCACGAGCUGUACCUAUGGCCGUUCCAAGAUCUAGUCAAAGCUGGCGUGGGAUCUGCGCUGUGCUCCUACAACCGCAUCAAUGGCUCUCACGGCUGCCAGAAUAGUUAUACCCAGAACUAUUUGCUGAAGAAGGAGCUCGCAUUUCAAGGAUACAUCAUCGGUGACUAUGGCGCGUUACACACGGGCGUUGCCGCUGCCAACGCGGGUAUGGAUGUCAUCACCCCAUUUGAAGAAGUCUGGGGCGGAAAUCUCACAAAGGCUGUCUCAAACGGCACGAUGGAGGUCAGUAGGGUGGAUGACAUGGUCAAACGCAUCGUCGCUCCUUGGAUAAAAUUUGCGAAAUUCGAGCCAGGUUCCGGUCUUCCGGUAGAUGUCACGAAGAAGCAUGAAGUCGUGAAUGCAAUCAAUCCUCUGUCUCGAAAGAACAUCCUUCAAGGUGCCACAGAGGGCAUUGUUUUGGUCAAGAACCACAACAACACGCUACCUUUGAAGAAGCCGAAACUGCUUACUCUAUACGGAUAUGACGCCCACAUUCCCCUGAAAAAUAUGCCUGAGGGUCCAAACACCAAGUAUAGUCUGGGUUAUCAGAGCGUCAAUGUCACAGAUGAAGAAAUGCAAGGUCUAUUCAUUGGUAUCGGAGACGUGCCCGGCGGCGCACGAUCUGGCACACUUGUCAGCGGAGGCGGCAGUGCCUCUGCCGUGUCCGCCUUCAUCACUUCACCCUUCGCUGCUUUCUCGGAACGGGCACGUCAUGACGACACUUUCCUGCUAUGGGACUUCGAAUCUCAGAAUCCUGCCUAUGCCAACGCUGCUUCUGACGCUUGCAUCGUUUUUAUCAACGAGUUUGCCACUGAGGGUCAGGACAGAUCUACGCUUGCUGAUCCCUGGUCGGAUGAUUUGGUCCUGAAUGUCGCAUCCAAAUGCCCUAACACCAUCGUAUCCAUCCACAAUGCAGGCACUCGUCUGGUAGACCGAUGGUUCGAACACCCAAACAUCACGGCGGUCCUUUACGCCCACCUCCCCGGCCAAGAGUCUGGCAGCGCCCUCGUCUCUGUCAUGUACGGUGACGAAGCUCCUUCUGGCCGCCUCCCUUAUACCGUUGCUAAAAACGAAUCUGACUACGGCGGCCUCCUCUCUCCUGUCACCGCCGACAACUCCACCAACUAUUACACCAACGCCAAUCUAACUGAAGGCGUCUAUAUCGAUUACCGCCAUUUUGAUGCUUACAACAUCACUCCCCGCUUUGAAUUUGGCUUUGGACUUUCAUACACUACCUUCCAAUAUGACAACCUUGAGGUUGCUGUCACCGACCUUGGCACAAACGCGUCCGCUCUUCCUCCUGUUGCGCCCGUAAGCCAAGGAGGUGUCAAGUCUCUCUGGGACGUGCUAGUCACUGUCAAAGCCACAAUCAGCAACACGGGGCCCGUCUCUGCGCCUGAGGUUGCUCAGCUGUAUCUUGGUAUUCCAGGUGCUCCUGCGAAGCAGUUACGUGGAUUUGAGAAGGUUCCAUUGGAAGCGGGUAAUAGCACAACAGUCAGCUUCGACCUUACAAGAAGAGACUUGAGCACAUGGGAUACUGUGCAGCAGAGCUGGGUACUGCAAAAGGGGGAAGUGUAUAAGAUAUAUGUUGGGGCAAGUAGUCGGGAUAUCAGAUUGAGUGGGAGCUUGAACUUUUGA